GAAGCUACUUCGAUCACGUACAAGAAGUUGGAGAUUCGGCCAAGUGUUUUGACAGUUUCAGGUAACCCACUUUGGGAGCUCGGUUUGCUCAAUUGGUUAAAUGAAAAUGGUGUUUUAGGUGCUCUUUUUGAAGCUGGGAUGUUUGUCUACACAACGGGAGGCUUGAGAGCUCGAAGGGAAGUCAGGAAGUUCAUUGUUCGAGCUGUUCAAAAGUGU